AAAACAAAACGUUGGUCAGCUAAAAGAUUUAAACAAACACUCGGCCUUGAAAAUUAAUCGAGCGCUAGGAAUGGAGCCAGCAACCAAACUCACAAAAGUUCUCCUCAAAAACACCCACGAUCCCAAACUAGCAUGGCACCUUUUCAAGCGCAUUCUAUCGCUGCCCAUCUCACCCGUCCACCUUCGCCAAUCAAUACCCAUCAUUGCCCGUAUCCUCAUUCGCGCAAAAAUGCUCAAAGAACUCGAUCAUCUUCACCAACUCCUGCUUAACUCGCCGCUACUCGAAACCCUGGAUCCUUCUCUCGAAUCCCUUGUUAGCAUUUUAGCUAAAUCGGGUCUCUUCGAUAAGGCCAUUUCACAUUUUAAGUCAUUGCGGUUCCAAUUCCCAGAAAAGCUGCCUUCUAUAUAUUUGUAUAAUGUUCUCUUCAGAUCGUGCAUCAGAGAGAGUCGUGUAGAUAUUGUGUCUUGGUUGUAUAAAGAUAUGGCUGUUGCAGGUGUAUCUCCAGAGACUUACACUUUCAAUAUUUUGAUUCGGUGGCUAUGUGAUUAUGGUCUUUUGGACGAUGCACGGAACUUGUUCGAUAAAAUGCCUGAGAAAGGUUGUAAGCCAAAUGAGUUCAGUUUUGGCAUUAUGGUUCGUGGAUAUUGUAGGGCGGGGCUUACUAGCAAAGGAUUGGAGUUCUUAAGGGAAAUGAGGAGUUCGGGUUUUUUGCCAAAUUCUAUUGUCUAUAAUUCCUUGAUUUCAAGUUUUUGUAGAGAAGGUAAAAUUCAUGAUGCUGAAGAAUUGGUGGACAGGAUGAGAGAGGAUGGUUUAUUUCCGAACGUAGUAACUUUCAAUUCUAGGAUAUCGGCUCUUUGUAGUGCAGGGAAGAUUCUAGAAGCUUCAAGAAUUUUUAGAGAUAUGCAAAUUGAUGAAGAUUUAGGGUUGCCUCGGCCUAAUGUCAUAACUUAUAAUUUAAUGCUCAUGGGAUUCUGCAAAGAGGGAAUGUUGGAGGAAGCCAAGACUUUGGUUGAGAGUAUGAAAAGAAAUAGCAACUUAAUGAAUAUAGAGAGUUAUAAUAUUUGGUUGUUAGGUUUGGUGAGGAAUGGGAAGCUCUUGGAGGCUCAGUUAGUUCUAAAAGAGAUGCUAGCUAUUGGAAUAGAGCCUACUAUAUACUCUUAUAAUAUUGUUAUGGAUGGAUUAUGCAAGAAUGGAAUGCUUUCUGAUGCAAGUAUGCUGAUGCAUUUAAUGAUACAUAGUGGUAUUUCACCAGAUAGGGUAACUUAUAGCACUUUACUUCAUGGUUACUGUUGUAAGGGGAAAGUGUUUGAAGCUAAAAAUCUUUUGCAUGAUAUGAUUAGAAAUAAUUAUUUUCCAAAUACUUACACUUGUAACAUUUUGCUGCACAGUUUGUGGAAGGAGGGCAGAAUAUCAGAGGCAGAGGAGUUGCUACAAAAGAUGAAUGAGAAGGGUUAUGGUGUGGACACGGUUACCUGCAAUAUUGUAAUUGAUGGUCUAUGCAACAAUGGACAAUUGGACAAGGCAAUUGAAAUUGUAAGUGGGAUGUGGACUCAUGGUAGUGCGGCUCUUGGUAAUUUGGGGAACUCAUUUAUGGGCCUAGUUGAUAACAGUAAUAGUGGGAAGAAAUGUGUACCUGAUUUGAUUACAUAUUCAACCAUAAUUAGUGGUUUAUGCAAGGCUGGGAGGCUUGAUGAUGCUAAAAGGAAGUUCGUUGAGAUGAUGGGGAAAAACUUGCAGCCUGAUUCAGCAAUUUAUGAUACUUUUAUUCAUAGCUUCUGCAGAGAGGGAAAGAUAUCAUCUGCAUUUCGAGUACUCAAGGACAUGGAGAGAAAAGGUUGCAGCAAGACCCUGCAAACUUAUAAUUCAUUGAUCCUGGGGUUAGGAAGUAAAAACCAAAUUUUUGAAAUAUAUGGACUCAUUGAUGAAAUGAGAGAAAAAGGACUUUCUCCUAAUGUCUAUACAUUUAACAACGUUCUUACCUGUCUCUGUGAAGGAGGGAGAAUUAAAGACACCCCUUCUGUUUUGGAUGAGAUGCUGCAAAAGGGCAUUGCCCCAAAUAUUUCUUCCUUCAGAAUAUUAAUUAGAGCUUUUUGCAAGGCUUGUGAUUUUAGGGCAGCACAGGAGAUAUUUGAGAUUGCACUGAAUGUAUGUGGCCACAAAGAACCACUUUAUAGUUUAAUGUUCAAUGAGCUACUUGUUGGAGGGGAUGUUGCUGAAGCUAAAGACCUUCUUGAAACUGCCUUGGAUAAACUUUUUGAUAUAGGGAAAUUUCUCUACAAGGACCUCAUUGACAGACUCUGUAAAGAUGACAAGUUGGAAGGUGCCAGUGAUGUUCUACAUAAGUUAAUUGCUAGUGGAUAUCAGUUUGAUCCUGCAUCAUUCAUAACAGUGAUUGAUGGCUUCAAUAAAAUGGGAAAUAAGCGUGAGGCUGAUGAACUUGCAGAGAGGAUGACGGAAAUGGCUUCACAAAGUAGGACAGUGAAUAAGGCCUAUCAUAAUGCGAGGGAUUUCAUCCAUAAGAGCAAAAAUAAGGAUGGUGAAAGUGAUUGGCAGACCAUAGUAUACAGAGAUGAUUGCAGUGGAAUUGCACUGAAAGCACUUAAGAAGGUAGAGAGAGGCUGGGGUCAGGGUAGUGUAUCAAAUUUGCGGCACCAGAAGGACGAGUUCUUUGAUUACUGGGACGGGAGUAAUUAAAUGUUGUGUUCCUUGAGAACAAAACUGAGAUUUGGUAGAGCUGAAGAAUUUCUUUUCUCCUGAUGAUUGUUAUUGAAUGCCACAACUGAGGGUCACUAUUAUUUUAAAUUGACAGCCAUUUGAGAUUCUUCAAUUUGAGAGUACAGAGAGGACUUGCCAGACUCAGCAAUUUUUGAAAGAACCUUUUUCUUUAUUCUAUACCAGUCAUCACAAACAUUAAUGUAGAGAGCAUAGCACGCAAUUCUGCAUUUCAUUUGUUGUUGGCGGCUUGAUGCUUCUGAUUCAUCAUUCAUUUGGAGGACGUAUCAGUAAACAUUCUUGUAGUUUCACUGGCAUUGGAAAUUCGCAGUUGCAUGACAUAGGUAUCAAGAUGGUUGUUAUUGUCUGCAUACCAAAUUCAGUGGUGUUUAUGGUCCCCACACAGGAUUGCUAGUUGCUACCUUCCCUGUGCUGGUUGACAAGGCUUGUACAGCUAUCAGUACUGGAGAUACGGAGCAAGAAUCCAGUAGACCCUAGACUGGGUGAGAGUCCGAUCUGCUAGAGUUCAGUGUUACCUCACAUUUGCAGUGCAUUGAUAGGACACUAGGCUACAUUUUGUAUUUUAUAUUUUGUAAAUUUUUGUAAUUAGACUUUUAUUAUGCCAUGUACAUUAUAAACUCAUGUAAUUAUGUUUUGAUGUAAUUAUCUAUAAAUUGUGUUCAUUAAUAAAAAUUUGAGUGCUUCUUCAUAAAUUAAACAUGUGUAUUAUAUGAAACUGAAGAAAUGAGAUUGUGGAUUUGAGGAACUGAGAUAUGAUUAAUAUUA